AGAAGAGGCUGCUCCCUCCAAGCAGUGCCACAGUGCAGAUGCUGCCCUCCUGACCACCCUCUGCACCGGGACCCAGGAGCCUCACCGAACCAGGAGCACUGCGGGGCAGCUGCCUCCUGCCCAGAGAGUCCCCAUGGAGCAGGGCGGUACGGUGGGCAGCAUGCCCGGCCCUGGCCUGGCUGGUGGCACGACUCCCCCUGAAGCAGAGGGCGGCGCAGCUCCAGCGGCCCCCCAGGCUGCCCAGCCCCAGGGUGGGAUGGUGCCGGCUGCCACCGAGGCGCAGGACAGAGGGAAGGAAGAGCCUGGGCAGGAGAAGGCUCCGGCUGCUGCUGUGGCUCAGGAUGGAGGGCAAGCAGAGCCUGGGAAGGAGAAGGCUGCAGGAGAGGCUGGAGGAGGGAAGGCAAAGCCAGCGGGGGAGACAACCCCGACUGCUCCAGAGCCCCAGGAUGGAGGGAAGGCAGCGCCGGCAAAGGAGGCGGCUUCAACUGCGCAGCAUGGUGGAGGGCAGGCAGCAUCUGUGGAGGAGAAGGUGCCGGCUGCCACCGACACCCAGGAUCGAGGGAAGAAUGAGCCUGGGAAGGAGAAAGCUCUGGCUGCAGGAGAGCCCAAAGAAGGGAAGGCAGUCCCCAUGGAGGGGAAAGCUCCAGCUGCUGCCAAGGCUCAGGAUGGAGGGAAGGACAAGCCCAGGGAGGAGAAGGGUCCAGCUGUGGGAAAGCCCAAAGGAGGGCAGGCAGAGCCCGCAGAGGGGAUGAGUCCGGCUGUAGCAGAGGCUCAGGAUGGAGGGAAGGACAAGCCCAGGAAGGAACAAGCCCCUAGUGGGUUAGAGGCUGAGUGUGGUGGGAAAGCAGAGCCCACAGAAGAGAAGGCUCUGGCUGCAGCGGAGGCUGAAGGAGGGAAGGCAAAGCCUGUGGAGAAGGUAGCCUUGGCUGCAGUACAGGCUCAGGAUGGAGGCAAAGAAGAGCCUGCAAAGGAGAAAACUAUAGCUCCUGCAAAGGAGAAGGUCCCAGCUGCUGCAAAGGCUCCAGAUGGAGGCAAGAAAGCUGCAAAGACAGAGAAAACCCCAGCUGAUAAAAAGCCUGCAAAGGAGAAGGCUCCAGCUACUGUAAAGGCUCAGGAUAAAGAGAAUCAAGUGGCAAAGGCAGAAAAAGCCCCAGCUGCAAAAAAGGCUCAAGAUGGAGGCAAAGAAGACCCUGCAAAGGAGAAAGCUACAGCUCCUGCAAAGGAGAAGGGCCCAGCUGCUGCAAAGGCUCAGGAUGGAGAGAAGACAGCAGCAAAGGCGGAGAAAACCCCAGCUGCAAAGAAGCCUCAAGAUGGAAGCAAAGAAGAGCCUGCAAAGGAAAAAGCCCUGGCUGCUGCAAAGGUGCAGGAUGGAGGAAAGAAAGUUGCAAAGGUGGAAAAACCCACAGUUGCAUCAAAGGCUGAGGAUGGAGGCAAAGAAAAGCCUGCAAAGGAGAAGGUCCCAGCGGCUGCAAAGGAGAAGGCCCCGGCUGCUGUAAAGGCUCAGGAUGGGGGAAAGAAAGCUGCAAAGGUGGAACCCCCCCCAGCUGCAGCAGAGGCUGGGGAUGGAGGCGAGGAGCCCGCAGAGGCAGCGGCCACGGCUGCUGUCAAGGCUAAGGGUGAAGGGAAGAAAGCGGCAAAGGUGGAGGAGACGGAUAAGCAGCAGCAGCCGAAAAAUCCUGAGCCCCUGCGCCCAGCUCUGCUGCAGAGCCUGAGCUGCCCGGCCACUUGCCAAAGGGAGGAGCAGCCCUGGGUAGAGGCGGCAGUGAUGGAGAUGAUACCAGAGGAGACCACGGCAGCGGAGCUCAAAGAGGGUUUGACAGAGCCUGGCCCUGCCCUGCCAGCCCUGGGGGACCGGCAGCCCCCGGAGCCCCCCGGCCCUGCGGGGAGCCCUGGCACCCCACAGGAGAGGACAUUGCCCAGUGCUGUGGGGCAGCACGCAGAGUCCCCCGGCUCUGGGGAGCAACCGUCCUUGACAGAGGCAGAACCACCCCCCAGCCCCUACCUCACCCCUGAUUUUGGGAAGGAAGACCCUUUUGAGAUACUGGAUGAUGUCCCUCCGCCACCGGCGCCCUUCGCACACCGCAUCAUCACCCUGCGGUCCGCCAGCGUCAGCUCCCAGUACAGCCUCAGCUCCAAGGAGAUCCUGGGGGGGGGCAAGUUCGGGGAAGUCCACACGUGCACAGAGAAGGAGACAGGGCUCAAGCUGGCGGCCAAAGUGAUCCGGAAGCAGGGUGCCAAGGACAAGGAGAUGGUGCUGCUGGAGAUCGAUGUGAUGAACCAGCUGAACCACCGCAACCUCAUUCAGCUCUAUGAUGCCAUCGAGACACCCCGGGAGAUUAUCCUCUUCAUGGAGUUCGUGGAGGGCGGCGAGCUCUUUGAGCGGAUCGUUGACGAUGACUACCACCUGACGGAGGUGGAUUGCAUGGUAUUUGUCCGGCAGAUCUGCGAGGGCAUCCGCUUCAUGCAUCACAUGCGUGUCCUCCACCUUGACCUCAAGCCCGAGAACAUCCUCUGUGUUGCUGCCACUGGGCACAUGGUGAAGAUCAUCGACUUUGGGCUGGCUCGAAGGUACAACCCCCAGGAGAAGCUGAAGGUGAACUUUGGCACCCCCGAAUUCCUCUCCCCCGAGGUGGUCAACUAUGAGCAGGUCUCCUACUCUACAGACAUGUGGAGCAUGGGCGUCAUCACCUACAUGCUGCUCAGCGGCCUCUCCCCCUUCUUGGGUGACAACGACACCGAGACACUCAACAAUGUCCUGGCUGCCAACUGGUACUUCGAUGAGGAGACCUUCGAGAGCGUCUCUGACGAGGCCAAGGACUUUGUCUCAAACCUCAUCAUCAAGGAGAAGAGCGCCCGGAUGAGUGCGGGCCAGUGCCUGCGGCAUCCCUGGCUCAACAACCUGGCAGAAAAGGCCAAGCGCUGCAACCGCCGACUCAAGUCCCAGGUGCUGCUCAAGAAAUACGUCAUGCGACGGCGCUGGAAGAAAAACUUCAUCGGGGUGUGUGCUGCCAACCGCUUCAAGAAGAUCACCAGCUCGGGGUCGCUGACAGCACUGGGCGUCUGAGCAGGGCCUUAGCCACAUGUGAGUCGAGGCCAGAGAGGAACUGCUUAAGAGGGUCCCACAUCAAUCUUGCUUCUGGACAGCAGCAGCUUCCCACCACAGGGGCCAGGGGCUGGAGCUGCGCAGCCCCCUCCCUGCCCGUGCUGCUGCCAGAUGGCUGCUCUGGCCCCUGUGCUGCUGCGGCAUGUGCUGCCCCCGCUGCUCUGUGCCCCACGCCACCACCACUGCGGGUGCUGCUCCACCGCGUCCCCUGGACCUGCACCCCGUCUUGGCACCCAGCGGCCGUGGGACUCCUUGGGGGCCAGGACCCUGCCGGGCUCCUUGCCUGCACCCACCGCUGCAGAGCCGCUCUGCCAAGCUCGUCCCACCCUGGGUGGCAUUGCUGUGCCGGGGACCCGCUGCUGGGGAUGCUGGCAGCGCCCUCCUGGGGGGUCCAGCCCUCUCCAUUCCCAUUGAGCCAGUGCUCCCAUCUGGAUUUCCUUGGACUGUGAGGCUGCUCCUGAGUGAUGGUUUUUGAUCUCAUCCCUGGCCCGGCUGUGUGAUGCCCAAUCUGCAGCAUCUUUGCUCCACUCACGCUUCCUUCCUGUGGCCUCGGAGGAGAAAGGCUGGCCCAGCGUGAGUGCUGCUGCCUGGGCCGCCCUGCGCACUUGCCGCUACCUUGGACUCAAGACUUGUGCGCUCUGCCUGUAAAUGCUGCAGCCCUGCCCUCCCCUGCCUUCGCUGUUGCUGGACCCUGAGCUGCAUCAACCUCCCUUCCCAGCGCUGUGGUUUGGCAUGAGGAUGCCAGAGGGCAGGCGUGGACCCUCGCCCUGGUGCUUUGGCACUGGAGCUGGGGCCGAAACGCCUCCUCCCUGGCUGGCCGGGUGUGCGGGAGCGGAGCUGGCCCCAAGCUGCUGCUUGCACAGGAAGGGAGGAAGCGGCAAGCACGCUUCCAGCAGCAUCCCCAGCUGGGAGCCAGUGAGGGAAGAAGGAGGCUUUGUGUUCCUUCUGCCCUCCCUGCCCUUCGGCUCUGCCAGCAGGGGAAAAACACAACCUCUGCUUCACCCGUCCUCGCCAGAUCAAGAUGAGCGAGGCGUCCUAAUGCAGAGCAGCUGGACCGCGCUCCCCCGCUCCCGCGAGCAUCGCUCCAGCCCCGACCACCAACACACAGGAACUGCCGGUCAGCGGCUGCGGCCGCCAGCUCCCCCCGCCAUGCGCGGGGGCUCCCUGGGACCGCCUGGGCUGGGGGAGGCGGAUGCUGCCCCUGCUCCUCUGUCUCACCCUGACCCUCUUCCCCUCUGCUUGUGCCCCUCAGGGCUCCCCAGUGCUGCCAGAGGAUGGGCAUCCCCCGGCAUUUGCAGCUUCCAGCCUUGCCUGCUGUGGGGAGUGAGACAGGGGGCUGGCAGAAGGUCCUGAGGUCCCCCUGCCCUCCAGCUUUGGCUUUCACUGGGGCUGAGCCCCCCCAACCCGGAGCGGUGUGUUUGCUCUGGGGCCACCUGUGCCUUCUCUGUCUGCUGGAAACACCCUGGGGAGAGACAGAGGGAGGCACCGGCCCCCCAACCCCCUGGCUGCAGCAGGUGAAGGGGCUUCAGGCUCAUCCCCACCAGGCAAGGGACACAGCUUGCGGGGCCCUGCCCAUUGCUGGAGUCCUGCCCGGCUCUCACCUUCUUGUAAAUAAAUGUACAGGUCUGUCCGCA